ACUAUUGAAAUUGCACGUAAAGCAAUUAACAUUGCUAUUGAAAAAGAUAAUUCGUGUAUUUUUAAGUUUUUGAAAGAAUAUAUAGUUCAAAAUGAACAUUCUUUUAUUGAAAAUACAACCGGUGAAUCUUCCCUUGGCCAAGAAACAAAUAUCUUUGAAGAACAUUCUGAAUUAAGUACUAUCUCUGAAAGGCCUUCCAUUAUAGUUUCUAACCCUAUUAAAAAAACUAGAAAAGCAUGCCAAAAUGAAAAUAGAGUUAGCGAUUUGACAACUAUUUGUGAAUUAUGUGGUGGUCAUGAUCAUAAAAAGGAAAUGCAUAAUAAUAAGUUUAUGAAGAUAAAUGAAUCAGACCGAGAUACUAAUGAUAAAAAUGAAUGGGUAAGCUCCUGUGAUUCUGAAUCAGAAGCUGGAACAGAUUGUGUGGAAUAG